AUGGCAUCAGCAACAAUGGCAUUCAGGACACUUCUCGCCCAACGGCCCUCAGGAAUCCAGCUCCUGACCAGGACUUCUCGCCAAGGGAUUGCCACUCCCUUCAUCACAUCAUUAGCAGCUUCCGAGUCCAGAAGGACAAUCUCCUCCACUCGCGCAGUCCUACACGAGAACCCCUUGGGCAUCCCAAGGAAACCACCAGCACCAGGAGCAGGCCCCAAGGGUCCAGCCCCAACCAUGCCCAGGAUGCAGCGUGGCCUUCCUCAGAAGAUGCCCAUCAAGGGCGUCAAGCACAUCAUUGCCGUUGCUUCAGGAAAGGGUGGCGUCGGCAAAUCCACCACGUCAGUGAACUUGGCGCUUGCGAUUGCAGGAAUGAACAAGCGGGUUGGAAUUCUUGACGCCGAUAUCUUUGGACCCUCCAUCCCUCGACUCAUGAACCUCAGCGGCGAACCGGAGCUCACAGGAACAGAGGACAGAUUAGUGCCAUUGACAAACUUUGGAGUGAAAUGCAUGUCAAUGGGCUUCCUCGUCGAUGAAGAAGCACCCGUCGUGUGGCGAGGUCUCAUGGUCAUGAAGGCUCUCCAACAACUCCUGCACCAAGUUGAAUGGGGCGAACUCGACCUCCUCGUCAUUGACAUGCCUCCAGGCACCGGUGAUACUCAAUUGACCAUCUCCCAACAGAUCCCGCUCUCGGGUGUCGUUAUUGUCUCUACACCUCAGGAUAUUGCGCUGAUUGACGCUCGUAAGGGUGUCAAUAUGUUCAAGAAAGUCAACGUUCCCAUCUUGGGAAUGGUGCAGAACAUGUCGUUGCACGUGUGCUCAAACUGCAACCACGAAUCACACAUCUUUGGCGACGGUGGAGCAGAACGGACUGCAAAGGAAAUGAACCUCGAUUUCUUGGGCGAUGUGGCCUUGCACUCGGAUAUCUGUCAAUUGUCGGACAAGGGCCAACCUGUGGUCGUCUCGAGACCUGACAGCAAGCAUACCCAGUAUUACAAGGCAAUCGCCUCCAAAGUCGUUGCCAAACUGUGGCCUUCUGAAGCUGCUACGCCUUCAUCUUAA